UGGUCUAAACAAAAUCUCCGCCGAACCAAAACCAAAACCCAUGGGAUACUCCAAAGUGGGCAAAAGACCGAAAGCCCACAAAGACUUACAUGCAAUCACAUUCACAGGCACAGCUUCACUCUUUCUGAAACUCCAAACUCUGCUCUCAUUGUUCUUUCCGCCAACACAGAAAACACUCCACUCUCUCUUUCUCUCUCUUGUCUGAGGAUUUCUCGCCCCUUUUAACUCCUCUGUUUCCCAAAUAAAACUUCUACCUUCCAACUUUUCUCACAUUAUUUUCUUGUAAUGUGGAUCAUUUGACUCAAAAUUGUACCCAAUUGAUUUCUGCUGCACUCAAAGGUUUAUUGCUAACUGUUAAAGCAUUCUUCAAAUGGGUCCUUAUUAUGUUGGUGUCAUCAUUCCACUCGUGGUCACGCUUCUACUUCGUGGCACGAAGGGGAAAAAAAGAGGUUUGCCAGUGAAUGUUGGUGGAGAGCCUGGUUAUGCAAUCCGAAACUACCGGUUUAGUUCACCCGUGCAAUCAGCUUGGGAAGGGGUCACAACUCUUGCUGAGCUUUUCGAGCUGUCAUGCAAAAAACAUUCCGACAUGAGGUUAUUGGGCACUCGGAAAUUAAUUGCUAGCGAAGUGGAGAUAUCUGAUGGAAGGUCUUUUGAGAAGCUGCAUUUAGGUGAUUAUGAAUGGUUGAGUUAUGGGCAAGUGUUUGAAGCAGUUUGCAACUUUGCCUCUGGUUUGGUGCAACUUGGACAUCAAAAGGGAGAGCGAGCAGCUAUCUUUGCUGAUACGCGUGAAGAAUGGUUCAUUGCGCUGCAGGCAUGUUUCAGGCGAAAUGUGAGUGUCGUGACCAUUUAUGCAUCUCUUGGUGAAGAGGCUCUGUGCCAUUCAUUUAAUGAGACAGAGGUCACAACUGUGAUUUGCGGAUAUAAGGAACUGAAGAAAAUAGCAAAUGUAAGUGGACAGCUUGACACUGUUAAGCGUAUUAUAUGCAUGGAUGAUGAAUUCCAGUCAGAUGCUUCAUUGGUUCCUGGAAGCAGCAGCUGGACUAUCACUUCCUUCUCAGAUGUAGAAAAAUUGGGCCGCGAAAAUCCAGUUGACCCAGAUUUACCUCUUUCAGCUGAUAUUGCUGUGAUAAUGUAUACCAGUGGUAGUACUGGUAUGCCCAAGGGAGUCAUGAUGACACAUGGAAAUGUUUUAGCUACAGUAUCUGCUGUGAUGACAAUUGUUCCAGGACUAGGAAACCAAGAUGUUUAUUUAGCAUACUUGCCACUGGCUCACAUUCUUGAACUUGCAGCAGAGAAUCUUAUAGCAGCCAUUGGAAGUUCUAUAGGAUAUGGAUCUCCUUUAACUCUUACCGAUACUUCAAAUAAGAUUAAGAGAGGAACUAAAGGGGAUGCUACAGUACUAAGACCAACAUUGAUGGCAGCCGUCCCAGCUAUUCUUGAUCGUGUUCGAGAUGGCGUGCGUAAAAAGAUAGAUGCUACUGGUGGACUCCCAAAGAAACUAUUUGAUUUGGCAUAUGCUCGUCGAUUGUCUGCUAUAAAUGGCAGUUGGUUUGGAGCAUGGGGCUUAGAGAGACUUUUGUGGAACCUUCUGGUGUUUAGAAAAGUUCAAGCAAUUUUGGGUGGUCGUAUUCGUUUCAUAUUGUCAGGAGGGGCUCCGCUUUCUGGUGACACUCAAAGAUUUAUUAAUAUAUGCCUUGGUUCUCCAAUUGGUCAAGGGUAUGGUCUUACCGAGACCUGUGCUGGAGGGACCUUCAGUGAAUAUGAUGAUACAUCUGUUGGUCGAGUUGGUGCUCCGCUGCCUUGCUCAAUCAUCAAGUUGGUUGAUUGGCCUGAGGGUGGAUAUUUAAUUAGUGAUUCUCCAAAGGCACGUGGAGAAAUAGUUAUCGGUGGUCCAAAUGUUACUCUUGGAUACUUCAAAAAUGAUGACAAAACAAAGGAAGUUUACAAGGUCGAUGAGAGAGGAACAAGAUGGUUCUACACUGGUGACAUAGGGCAAUUCCACGCUGAUGGUUGCCUUGAGAUCAUUGAUCGCAAAAAGGACAUUGUUAAACUUCAACAUGGAGAAUAUGUUUCCCUAGGAAAGGUGGAGGCUGCUCUAAUUGUCAGCCCAUAUGUCGACAAUAUAAUGUUGCAUGCUGAUUCUUUCCACAGUUACUGUGUGGCUUUGGUGGUGGCUUCUCAGGCCAGUUUGGAAGCCUGGGCUUCAAAGCAAGGAAUCACAUAUUCUGAUUUUUCAGACUUGUGUGGGAAGGAAGAAACUCUGAAGGAAGUCUCCACUUCAUUACUCAAGGCAGCAAAAGCUGCAAAACUGGAGAAGUUUGAGAUUCCUGCGAAGAUCAAACUGUUGUCAGAGCCUUGGACUCCAGAAUCUGGGCUUGUGACUGCAGCUCUCAAGCUCAAGAGAGAGGUGAUUAGGAAGACCUUCUCCGAUGAUCUCGGCAAGCUAUACUCAUCAUGAAUUAUAUAGGAAUACACCCUUUUUUGCAGAGUGUGCAGAAAUCCUGACAGCACUAUUCCCCUUCCCCCCCAACUACAGGGAAACUUUUUUCCUUCAUCUACAUCAAUGCUACUGUUUCUGGUUUUGCCUAUACCACCUAUUCUUGCUGUUA